CCGUACUAAUGCGAGAAUAGUGGUCGUCACUGCCACCUGGCCUGCUGUCAACAUCUGAGCCGCGGCGCAUCAGGGAGGCAGGCGGUGUUGGUGUAUCUUGACCAGGCGAGGGCACCACCCGUUAUUGUGUACCGAACAGCCUCAGGGGUUACAGACAGUUCAGGAUGGCGAAUGAGGAUGGAGUCACAUUACUCUUUGAACAACAUUCGGUGGCACAAGUUCAAGAGAUUUUAAACAAGACUCGUGGUGACAUCGAGUGCAAGAAAGAAGAUUUACGUGUUAUGGUCGGAGAGAGAUAUAGAGACUUAAUAGAAGCUGCCGACACCAUCGCUGAAAUGCAAAACAGUGCCGAGGCAAUUUGUAACAACAUCAAGACAAUGGAGGGUCUGUGUGAGAGCCUCCAACAGCGGGGCCUCAUUGGUUUCAAGACUCAAGGCAACCAUGCUAAUGGAAUAGAAAGAAAGAGUGCAUCAGGAGGCCAUUACUCAUUGGCUGUACAGGUGAAGGUAUUGGUAGGGGUGCCAGAGGCUUUGUGGGGUCUCACUGAAUAUGGCCAAUAUUUGCCAGCCAGUCAACUCUUACUGCUGGCCCACCACACCCACACAGCCUUGCAGCUUUGUCCUACUGCAGCCCAGGUCUACUCAUGGUUCCCUGUCAUUGAACGACAGUGGAUGAGCAUCACACAGUUCCGCCCCACAAUAGUGAGGGGAUGUUCCUCACUCAUCAGUUCAGAAGUCCAAGACACCCAAGCAGUGCUGGAUGCCCUGGUGUCAGUGAUGUUGGUGGAGGGGUGUGGGUGGGCCGAGGCAUUGUCGCGAGUGCUGGACCUGCGUCGCAUGGCACUAAUGGAAGCAAUUGCACCAACACCAUCAGCUACAGCAAAGACACAGAUUGCAAACUUCACCAAGCUCUUCAUGGGAACAUUGGAUAUUGUGUAUGCAAUAUUUGUUGAAGAAAGCAAUGGGAGCAGCUUGCUGGAGAGGCGUCUGCAGGAGGUGGUGCAGGGGGAGGGGGACAAUGCACCGCCUGUCUCCCUCCUUCAAGAAUCUUCACUCACUCUUUCAUUCCUUCCACAGUCUAUAAGGAACUUCAGGCCCUCCAUCCAAGGAAGCACCAAAUCCCUUGGAAAUGACUUCAUUAAGCAGGAGGUGAGCUGCUGGUUGAAUGCUGUGUUAAAUGAAGCCUCUCAAACCCUGGCCACACUGCUCUCUUUCACCACCAGUGUGAAGGCCUUGGCCAUGAUCAGGUCCAGCGUGUGGGAAAUCUUUCAGGACAGCCUUGAUAGUGGAAAGUGGAUGAAGGUAACUGAUGUCUUGUAUGGUGGUCCACUAGAUCCAUGGAAUUCAAUUGUGCGCAGUCAGGUGACUGAGAGAGCUCGUCAAGUUGUCUCAUCACAGCUUGAAGGUGCAAAGGAGGCCACUAUGCAGAUGGUGGACAAACUGGCUGCAGAUAUUACCACUGACCCAAAAACAUGUUCUGAGGAAGGAGACAUCAGCGGAUACGUAUGGAGUGAGAACAGUGGAGACCUGCCAGAACAAGUAGGAUGGACUUCAGCAGCUACUCGCUCAGUGGCACAGGCUGGAGGACUGUACCACAAAACCCGAGGCUUCACUACACGUAUCCAGAACAUUUGUCAUGCACUCAACUCAAGACUAACCUCACUUCUUCAAGAUGUUGGCCACUUCAGUUAUGAACCAGUCAAGACAGACCUCGGCACAGGUUUGGGCAGCAGUUCCCUGGACAAUGAAAAAUGCACAAUGGAAGAUUAUACUUCUUUGCUUAAUUACCUGCAGGAUGCAAGUUGCUCUUCCUUUAUGCAGCUUGUGACAGAGCUGGAGGAGCUUGCCCAAAAGCAUCUGUGUGGUACUCCUGUCCCUAACACAUCUGAGGGCUGGGAGGAGGAGCCACAGAGUGCUGCCCCUGCUGCAGCAUGCACAGUGUUAGUGGUGGUGGGCCGCAUCUGCCAGGCUCUUCCCAGCUUAUGUUCUCACCUACAAAUCUGUGCCUCAGCUUCAAGUAUGUCUACUGGUUUAAUCAGACGGAUCACCACAAGCUCAAAGCAGGAAACUGAAUCAUGGACUAAAGUUCGUUCAGCACUCCAGGAAGCUGGUAAUCGUCUGUUUGGGCUUUUCUUAAAGUCCCUAACUUCAACGCUCCACAAUGAGGUGAAGGCCUCCCUCUCCUCUCAAGCUUCAUCAGAUGUUGCUGCUUCUCUGUCAGCUUUCUCAACAUGGGAAGUUGUUGACAUUGAGGAAGAAGGGGAAGGUGGCAAAGUGAUAAAGUCAUCCAUCCAUGUGCCAGCCCACCCAACACCCAGCCUUACCCAGAGCUUGGCUCACCUCUGCUCUUCAGCAAACUGUGUUGCAGUGCACACCAUCUCCAGAAAUGCUCAAAGUGAGCUAGUAGGAGGGGCCUGUGAAGCAGUGAUUUCUGCAUAUGAGCAUUUCCUGGAGGAUUCAGAAGCUAUAAACCAGACUUCUGCCCUUCAGCUUAUAUUUGAUCUCCGCUUUGUGCAGACAUUAUUGUUACUGCGUGAGAGUAAGAACUUGGGAACUCGAUUGAUGUCCAUGGUUCAAGCUUUGCAACAAAAAGUAGACCCAUUCGACCUGGAUGUAUUUUCUCCUCACAUAUCUGCCAGGGUCAAACUUGCUGCUCAGCGUUCCCAGGUGUUCUUGGGGGCCAUUGUACCCCGAGAUCGUCAGGUCAUAGCUGGCCGCACACCAGCAUCGUCCACAUCAUCGGUGUCCCACAACAAUGCACUUCCAGUUGUGGUGGCAGUGGAGAUUCCACGCUUCUCAAAUGUGCCACUGCCAAUCUCAUCAUCCAAACCAUCCAUCCCUUCAUCCAUAUCAGCUCCUUCUCUCGCCCUGCCCACCACAUCACCCGAACGGCCCACUGCCAAGCAGGGCUCCUCUAAGGUCCAGAGCAGCCCCUCCACAGCACGACGAGAGAUGUCCUCAGCAGCCCUCUCAGCAUCAAGAAGUGCUGCAUCUCUCUUCUCAGCAAUGAGUUCAUCAUGGUUUGGUUCAUCAUCAUCCUGAUCUUUUUUAUAUACUAAUAUAUUUAAAAAUUAAUAUUUACAGGUACAACUGAAGCUAUAGCUGUAUAUACUAAAAUGAUAUUUACCAAAGAAUUUUGUAGACAAACUAAGAAUAGGAUUAAUUUAAACCCUUUACUUAUUUUACAUAGUAAUGUAUUUACACCUGUUAAAAUAUUGUAAUAACUGACCCCCUGCAUUAUUUUAAUUGAAAGAAUUGUUUUGAAUCAAACACAUUCUUGUGAUCAACAAAGGAUGCAUGUGUCCCCUAUUGAAACUCAUGUUGGCAUUGUACCUGUACAUGAAGAACCAAGAUAUGGUCAGUUGUUGACUCAGGAGUGAACCCGGUUGCUCAGGUCUAAGCAACUGACUGGAAAUCUGCAUGAACACACACUGGACUGGAUGAUGUUAUAUAGAUGUUGAGAAAAUUGUAUUUUUUAUCUAACUCAUAGGUACUGUAGGUUAGAAUGUUUGGUUUGAAUAACUUUUCAUACAUCUUUGUCACCUCUUAUUUUAUGGUUUCUUUUAGCAUCCUGUUGACAUUCAUUUAUAUGUAAAUGUUACUUUCAUGUUUGUUUAGUGAUUCCAGAUAUUAUACUUUGCUGGGGGGCCCAACUGUGUGGCGGACUUCCUCAAUGCAUCUGCAUCGGGUGAGCCUGCUGUCAGUGAUAGGUGCAGGAGAAAGCCUACAGGACCCCUGCAUCUUGAAGGAGGGCUUCCUAGCCCCUCUUUUUGCUUUGGAGGUAGCCAAGGAGGUGGAGAAGCGACGCCUGCCCACAAACUGGGAUUAACUUUCGGAGGGGUCUGUGUGGGCUCCUUGAACAUUCCAAGUCUCUAGGAGAAUUACCGACUACCCUACCUAUCAUAUGAGAUCAGUAGUGGGGAUACACCAACUAUUGGUCCGGCAUGAGCAAUGGUGCCCAUCUUGGGAUAGCAAUAUGAAUCUCCAGCCAACUACAACCAUUUGUGGUUGAGAUUACUCCAGUUGAUGAGCAUAUAAUGUGAAUCAGGCUGAAGCACACUUUGGGGUUCGUGUCUCAUUGUUGUGUAUACUUCUACUGAGAUGUGUGAAACUUGAAUAAGAGGUGUUUUACACUAGACUCAACUGUGUGUUAGAUCAGUGCCUCCCUCGGGACACACUCAAUGUCAUCGAUGACUUCAAUGACAAUGACAAGGUUGGCUACAAACUGUGUUGGUCCCAUGGUUCUGAUACUAGGAACACUGACAGGUCUCUCCUCCUGAAUUGUGCAUGAUCCAGGAAGUUGAGAAUUGCAGGUUUGUUGUACCAGAGACCAAAGUUGCAUUGCUAGACUUGGUAUGGCACUGCCAAAUAGGUAGCUAAGGAGAUUGACCACAUCCUUGUAAGUACUCAUUAGAUGAUCUUUCAGAACUACAGGGUUUCCCAGAGUGCUGAGUUCUUUGCAACAACAACAAGAAACUUGAGAUGCAACAAUAUUGUGUUACACCUCAAGAGGAUGAAAGACCAGGCAUGUGCUUAGAAGUAUGCGGUAACAGUCUCAAAUAGAUUCAUUAUGCCCAGCACCCUUGAGAACCCUGUAGAACUGUGGGACACCUUCAAACAAACAAAAAAAUCUCAAGCCCUGUUCACACUGUGCCGACUCUGGGCUACGACUACCCACAACUCUAGGGUACACGAGGUCUUGGGUGUUGAUGUGAAAGGGUCAUGUCUUGAAAGAGGUCUACAAACAGUCGCUGAAUGCUGAGCGGACAUUGGGAGGGGAGUGUGAGGUUGUGAGGGUUAGCGCAAAAAGGUAUUCAAUGCUAAACUUUCACGACAAGAGUCAGCAAGGGUCUGGACCAACCGUCAUUUCCGGUUGAGGUCUGAGGGAGGUCAGGGACAGUCGCCAAGACUGUUCUCAUCAGUCUUUGCUUGUCUUGAGACAGUCGGGGCCAUUUUUCAAAUUUUUACCGUUUCCUGUCGGCACAGUCGUCGUUGCUGACUACUUAAGAAUAACGAGGGACUGUCGUGAUGACAGUCUUCGCCUAAUGGAGGAUGUUCGUGACGACUGUCAGCUCAGAAAUAUUGGCAAACAUUGCCACCAUCAGGAAAUUCAUAUUUUCAUUUUGCAAUCACAAGCACAACAACUUCUGGGCAUGGUUACACUUCACUGGCACAAAUUUGGGAGCUGCACAGCACGCACGCACUCCUGCUGCCUCUCUUUCGUGUUGAAUGACACAACUAGGGUUGCCACCCUGAGGUCAGAAAAAUGUGGAAUGUAACAUCUCACUCUCAAAUACAGAAUGGAUGCUAUGAGGGACAGCCGCUGCACGCUGCUGGUGGAGGCAAGAGGUAGGGGGGAGGGACGUUAUGUCGCAUAUUUUACAUGUAUUUUAUGACAAACCUUGACAAAUUUUACAGACUGGUUUUGUGAUUAACUGAAAAAUGCACUCAAUGCAAUUUUAAGAUACUGAAUUUUAUUUGCUUGACCAUUCAGAUAACAAAAUACAGAACAAAUGGCAUUCUGUAUUGGUUCAAAACAGAAAGCUACAUUUCAUUCUCGAAUACAGAGCGAUUCCGUAUUUUAAGGAACGGGUGGCAACCCUACAAGUAGACACAACGGAGUCUCAGCCCAUCACAGCCUAUAUACCCCAGGACCCAUGAAGACUGCUAUUAAGAUGUCUACAGCCAAAGUAUUCUUUUAAAAUUUUGAGUAGAAUUCGGUGACAGUCGGCAAGGCUGCCACCAAGACUGUUGCAAAGACCGUCGGCUAACUCCUUGGCAACUGUCGGCCAAUCGGUCGGCAGAUUUGUGGUUGUCGUAGACAACUUGUCAAAUGCAAAAGUCGCUGGGUUGUUGUGGCCCAGAGUCGGCCUAGUGUGAACGGGGCUUUAGAGCUGCAAAGGAGUGCACUGGAGGGCACCCAAGAUCUAAGAGUGGUUUUGCCUGGAAGAUGCACCCCUGCUUCACCCCUGAAUGCACAGGGAAAAAGCCUCAUAUUUCACAGCAAUAUCAGUUCCAAAGUAAAGGUCAAACAUCAGGUCAGUAAUCCUUGCAGGAAUCCCACAGAUCCACACAAUGUCCCAGAAUGCCUCAUGAUGCACUGAAUAAAAUAACUUGUUGAUACGACACAGACUGUGAGAAGCUCCUAUCGAAACUUAAGUCAGUAUUCCACACGGACACCAAGUAUUAGGAUCCGGUCACCAGUUGACUAGCAGGGCGUGAACCCAGAUUGCUCAGGUCUCUGAAAUUUUAACAGAUCAAAUCAAAUUCGCAUCAACAGUAGAUGAGCAGAGUACUUUGCUCGACACACUGAGCAGUAUAAUACUACGGUAAUUGUUGCAGUUGUCAGUUGCCUUUCUCUUUCAAUAAAAGGACAAUCCCCCCCUUUUACAUGCUGUCUGUACCCCAGCACUCUGAGGAGCCUGGUGGGCAGCCCCAGCCCAUUUGUGGUGCAGGCAAAUUUUAUUUUAAGUAGUUGCCAUCAUAUAUGUAUAAUGUAUGUUUUGUGAAUUUAUGCUUUGUCAUGCCAUCCAAUAUGUCUUAUGUUGUACAUCAGGAACAUUAUGGGCACCAGCACCAAGACUUUCAGGACUCUACAGUGAGAUCAUAUGAAUUUUUUCAUGAACAUUUUGUGUACUUGUUUUAUUGAUUAUCUAUCUUUUAUAAUUAGAGAUAAUAAACUGAAAAGAUCAAUGCA